AUGAAGGAUGCUGCAAACCUACCUGAUGUCAUGGAGCCCAAAUCCAAUAUUCUGUAUAGCGAUAUUCAGUACGACACAUUGAAUUGGAAAGGUGAAAGAGAGCUCCAAUCCAGCAUCACUGUAAGACCCAAGAGAACGCUUCAAGACGCUUACACUAACUCAUACUGCAAAGCAAUUUCAGCUUCCAAAUGUCCAUGCAACUCCAACAUUCAAGUCACCACAGGGGCACGACCAGCUAUAUACUGCAGUUGCUAUGCAGCAAAGAGAACUCAGAAGGAGGACACUGGAGAGCUCAAGAAAAUGGGAUCUUAUGUGGCUCAUAGAUUCCUGGAAGAACACAAAGACAAUACACUUUUUGAGGGAUUCUCCCGGUUAAUGGGCACAGUGAUUGUGGGAACAAGCGAACAUGUAGUAGCUGCUCCUAUGGCUGCUUACUUGGUUCGCAAUCAAUCAAGAUUUAGAUGGUCCCAUAAGUUCAAGUACAUCCCAGUAAAAGAGGUGGUGGAACUGAUACAGAGGACUACCAUCGACUCCCUCAAUAUGUCUGUUUUACAGCACGACAGUGGUUGUUUCCUUACAAGUGAGGCACUACACUAUCUUCAAUGUCCUAAGAAGAACUUCGAGCACUAUUGCCUUAUUGACUUCUUUCAAGAGUACGAAAUUGUCCGAAGUGACAAACCCAGUGAAACUAAUGAGGCUGAAGGAACCUACACUACUAUUGAUGACAAUGCACAUCCUGGUUACAACAAACAGAUUAUAAAGAAACAGAAGGAGCCUGUCUUAGCACAAUUUUCUCAUUGGGCCUUUCCAGAUGCUUCUUCUUUUGGUGGUGACAUCCUUCAAAUGAGUCAGUAUCCAAUGAAUACAAGUGUGGAGAACUACUGUCAGACCAUACUGGUUUUGUAUCAUCCAUUCAGGAGCCUCGAUGACAUUACCAUUGAUGGUUCCUUUCACAAAAUGUUUAAGAGGGUGUACCAUACUGGAGUCCCCUGCCACAUUCGAGAACUUCUGUCCAAUGUCCAAAUGUUCUACAACAGUGUACGGAUGCUACCCAAGGAAGAUCCUAUACUAAACUGUACAGAACGGUUCCACAGUCCAGGCUCCACAGAUUUGCAGGACCAAGACAGUGACGCAGAAGAUGAUGACAACUUUUUUGAUGGUGUUUUUGAUCUUCUUUCACCUCAAAGGCAACAACAAGCUCAAGCCUCUAAUUCUGGUGUUGUCCAGGGCAAUAUAUCUCUGCAGAAUCUGAGAAAAGCUGGCGCAAGAGGAUGUUGUUUUUCAAUUUACCACCAGUUAAGCCCACGACCUCUUCCAUAA